UUCAUGCCCCACGCCAACUCCGACACCAUGGGCGAACCAGUCGUCAACGGCGAGAAGGUCCAUUCUCAAUUCCUCAACCACCUCACUUCCUAUCCUGUCGUCUCCGACUCAAUCGCCCUCUUCAAGAGCAACCCAUAUGGUGCCAAGUCCAUUGAAUACGCCGACCAGGGCUAUGUCCGCCUGGCCAAGCCGGUCCUGCCUUAUUUCUCGACUCCCUACAGCUAUGUGGCGCCCUACCUGGCCCGCGCCGACUCCUUGGGAGAUCAGGGUCUGACCCGAAUCGACUCUCGCUUCCCCAUCAUCCGUGAAGACACCCAAAAGAUCCGCGGCACCAUCUAUAACACUGCCGGCUACCCAGUGCGCGUUGCUGGUGAUGUCAAGCACCAUGUCUUCAACACCUACGGCUCGGAGUACAAGAAGUGUGGUGGCGAUGGGCUUUUCGCCUCCGGCAAGGCUGUCAUCACUACUAGCCUGCUCCUCUCGCAAGAGUCCCUGGCCUACAUCACUACCUGGCUUCAAGCUGCAAAGGAGGAGGCCAAGGAGGUGGUGAACGAGAAGACCAACCACUGA